AUGAGAGUGUUACAGUGUCAUGGGAUGUCUGUGGAUUGUGACUUGAUAGCUCUUUGGCAUAGGUCAGCAAACCCUCGCCCUCUAACUUCUGGUAAGAUAAAGCUUGUUGGCUUCCCUUAUGAAGUUAAAGUGCUUAAAUUUUUGUUGAUAUUUAGUGUUGGUUUACUAUUCUCUGGUGAAGCACUUGAAGCGGUUGAGGUGUCGACUGCAGAGUGGUCAUUUGUAGAGCGGCUUAUUCCACCAAAGACCCAGACCCAGAUCCAGGCACAGACCCAGAUCCAGGCACAGACCCAGAUCCAGGCACAGACUCAGACCCACAUACAAACUCAAACCCACACCCAGACUCAGGCUCAGACCCAGAUCCAGGCACAGAACCAGACCAAGACCCAGAUUCAAGCUCAGAACCAAAUCCAGGCACAGAACCAGACCAAGACCCAGACUCAGGCUCAGAUCCAGGCACAGAACCAGACCAAGACCCAGACUCAGACCACCACAGAUCCAGCACAGACCAGACCAAGCCAGACCAGACGCAGAUCCAGGCACAGAACCAGACCCAGACCAGACAGCCACAGAGGCACAGAACCCAGACCCAGACCAGAUCCAGGCACAGAACCAGACCAAGACCAGACUCAGAUCAGAUCCAGCACACCAGACCAAGACCCAGAUCCAGGCACAGAACCAGACCAAGACCCAGACUCAGAUGCAGAUCCAGGCACAGAACCAGACCCAGACCUAGAUCCAGGCACAGAACCAGACCAAGACCCAGACUCAGGCUCAGAUCCAGGCACAGAACCAGACCAAGACCCAGAUAUAGGCACAGAACCAGACCAAGACCCAGACUCAGACGCAGAUCCAGGCACAGAACCAGACCAAGACCCAGACUCAGACGCAGAUCCAGGCACAGAACCAGACCAAGACCCAGACUCAGACCAGAUAGACCCAGCAGGCACAGAACCAGACCAAGACCCAGACUCAGAUGCAGAUCCAGGCACAGAACCAGACCCAGACCUAGAUCCAGCACAGAACAGACCAAGACCAGACUCAAUGCAGAUAGGCACAGAACCAGACCUAGACUCAGGCUCAGAUCCAGGCACAGAACCAGACCAAGACCCAGACUCAGAUGCCAACCCAGAUCCAGGCACAGAAAAGACCCAGAUCCAGGCACCCAGACCAAGACCAGGCACAGAACCAGACCAAGACCCAGAUCCAGGCACAGAACCAGACCCAGACUCAGGCUCAGAUCCAGGCACAGAACUAGACCAAGACCUAGACUCAGAUGCAGACCCAGAUCCAGGCACAGAACCAGACCAAGACCCGCUCAGAUGUUUGCUCUAUCACGCCCAAAAUGAAAACAUCAACAGAUAUCAUGAUCGUCUCUGUGGACGAUCUGUGGAAGCUAUGAAACCUACACCGAGAAACUACGGAAGAAAUAACCCCGAAGAACGAAAUAUAUCGACUGUCAAAAAUCAUAAUCUCCAGAAAUCCUUUCCCUCUCACAUCUUCUACUUACCGACUAACCUCGACGACAAUCGUUAUCUAACGGAUACGGAAUCCUUCCCUGACUCAUAUCCUACCUCACACAAAAUCACGAAGCCCAGAACCCACCUCUAA